AUGUUUGACCCAUCCAACCCUCCACCUCCAAAACAACAAAACAAAGGGUUCUUCAUCUCAGAUAAUGAACUUUUCAGCAACGAAGAAGAUGAAGAUGCAAAACCUCUUGAAAACUCACCUUUCUGUAAUAGAGAAGUAUCCGAAAGACGAGGAAGUGAUGUACUGCUCAAAGUGACCAUCAAAUCAUGCGACAAUUUAAUAUCUGCAGAUUGGAAUGGUUUUUCUGAUCCAUAUUGUGAAUGUCGUCUAUUCACAUCAACUCCAAUCAUUGAGUCGACUCUCGAGAUGAACCAUCAAUCCAAUGCUACAACAUCUGCUACACCAGCUUCGGCUGCAAAUUCCGUCGAGUCACUUUCACAAAACGAACUAGCUCAUUCCAUCGGAGCCACUCUUGCAGCAGCGUCAUUUAGUGCAAAAAAUCAAAGAGCAGCUUCAUUCUUCAAUCGAAAACCAAGUAAGAAUACACUCAUUUCUCAGAAAAGUUUGUCACACAUGACUGUCAAACGAAGUGAUAGUGGAAAUACUCUCAUUAUGGAACCUCCAACAAAAGAUGAAACAAAAAACGAUCAGGAAAUUAAGGAAGAAUUGUCGCACGAAUCAAAAACACCAGUGUUGUGGUCUCAACUCGGAAAACACACCAAAUCGUCGAUAAUAUUUAAAAAUUUAAAUCCUAGAUGGGGAGAACAAGGAGAAUGUAUGACCUUUCAUAUUGAUAGAGAAAUAUUUGAUGCUGUCACUUCUCAACAAUCACAAAGAGAGCGAACAAAAUUUGUUCUUCGUAUUGAUGUCUUUGAUUAUGACAAGUAUACAAAAGAUGAUGUUUUAGGUCAUUGUGUGAUCGAUUUGGAACAUGAACAUUUAUUUUCAAUUUAUAACACUAGGGAACUCAAGUCACUUUCAAAAUCAUUAUUAGGAGUGAAACACGGAGUGAUUAAUUUUGACAUUGCUCUCCAUGAUGAAAGCACAAUUUUUGGCAUUGAAUUACAAGAGGUAUUACAACGGCCACGAGAACACGGCAAUAGAAUUCCAAAAUGUAUUGAUAUUUUAUACGACUACUUGAUAGAAAAUUGCUGUGAAACAGAAGGCGUAUUAAGAAUUCCAGGAGCAAGAGCACAAAUUCUAAAUAUUAAGAGAGCCAUGGAUUCCAUGAUUGAGUUACCAAAAGGAAAAUUCUUUGAAACCUUUGUCCACGAAGAUGUCACGGCCGAAUUUGUUCACACAGCUCUAGGAGUUAUGAAAGAAUACUUGAGACUUUUACCAACACCAAUCAUUCAAUAUGAACUCUAUGAAGAAUGUUUGGCAUUCAUUGAAGCCAAGUCAGAAAAAAGUUUUGAAAAAUUUGAGAAAAUUCUCCGCCAAGUGAAUCGAUAUCACAUUCCACUCUUCAUUCGAACAUUGGAUCUGAUCAAAAAGAUUACUGAUCAUGCUCUCAAUAACAAGAUGACUCCUAGAAAUGUUGGAAUUGUCAUGGGACCUAAUUUGUUAAAAAAGAAACAUCAAUCUGCUGAGUUACAAAUGAGACAUACGAAUCAUAUUGCUGCAUUUGUGGAAUAUCUCAUUCAAUACUAUGAUCAAUCGAGAAGAGUUUUACAAGAGUUGAGUGAUGAAGGUUUCACACAAGAUGAACGUUUACAAAAUAUAAUGGAUUCUCUGCAAUUUGUGGAUGUUCAUGACGAGACGGAUUUAACUCAUGAAGAAGAACAAGUGCAGCACAAAGAAAACAGGAUUUCAAAUCCUCAUGAAAUGUUAUCCUCAUCGAAAGAUCAUGACCAACAGAAUCCCACACAAGAAGGAUUAUUGGAAAGUAGUGUGAAUAAGAAUGUAUCACUGAAUCGACAUGAGACGAGUAACGGUGUGGAAAUUCAAGUGACCACUUGUUCUCCAAUCCUAGAUGACAAAAAAACUGUAGAUGAAGCUGUUGAUCACACCAGCAGUGGAGGUUCAUCCUCAUGUUGUGAACGAGUUGAGGAGUUACAACACUGA